AUGCCAUGCGUUAAACGCAGGACAUUUAUCGUUAGCCCCACAACUGUGCCUUCUGUUAUUCUCCCAUGGAGCAUCCUCCAGGAACUCUCUGCGACGAACAAUGUCUCUAUUUUCCGCUUCUCCCCCGCCGCGGAAACCAUUUUUAUUCGCUACAGUAUGCGCUUCAUAAUCUUUGUCGACUCCUCGAAUGUCAGACUUCUUCUUGCCUUGCCUGCACAUCCUUUUCCCUCACUGCCCAUUCCCACAACCCUCCUAGCCGAAUGUUGCCUCGCUUUCUUGCGAGAGUUUCUCCUCGGGAUAGAGAUCGCCUUUGUGCUUCCAUCGACUUGGGCUGACAGGUGGAAAUGGACGAUUAAACGAUCGACAAACCCGCCAAGAAUUGUCUGGAAGCGUUGGACGCUCGUACGGUAUCCUCGAAUACACUCAAGGCAGGGAGAGAAAGUUAAAAGAAGAGGACGAUUAUUUAUGGGACGGUUGUAUGGUGGCGCGUCCGUGCCAUGCAUAGACAGUACCUCAUUCCGAUCGGCAAACGAAUGGCUCAUUUUCUGUCCGCAAAUGUACGGAAAUGCCACUCGAGAACGGCAUUUCUUAAUAUUCGCCGGUAUUAGGAGAUAACCGGGCACGUGCGAACUAGAACGACGGCAUGGAAGGAUGCAUUAGGUCGGCAAGACGAUAAAUUACAAAGGACGAAACGAUGGCUGAAUCACUGUGAACUGUUAGGAGACAUUAAAAUGCCGCGUCGCAAAAAUCGAACAAAGUGGGAGGCACCGUGGUGCAUUUUGCGUCACGGUCACGCAAAUCUACCGUCGAUUGGCACGAGUUACGGCGUCGCGAAACGGUUGGCCGCGGACACGUUCGGAAGUCAAUGACGGAUCGGCAUAGGAAAGAAACGGAGCUAUUAACUGACCGGCGAACAGAAGAAACGACCUCGCGAUUGCACCGUGACGAGAAUCCGUCGCCGAUGUUGAUCAAUGUUGGAGUUCACGGAUUUAACGGCGAUUGACGGAAGUGUUUGAAUCGC